GCUAGCUGGCAUGUCUCCUCUGCAGCGGCUGGCGCCUUUCACGCGCGUUGGAGGCCGUUUCCUCAGAGGCCGUGGCGCGGGGGUAGCUGGAGGCGGUGGAGUCCGUCAUGCUGGCGGAGGUGUGCACAUCGAGCCCCGGUACAGACAGUUUCCCCAGCUGACCAGAUCCCAGCUGAUCCAGGCUGAGUUCUUCAGUGCAACCAUGUGGUUCUGGAUUCUCUGGCGCUUUUGGCACGACUCAGAUGCUGUGCUGGGUCACUUUCCAUAUCCAGAUCCUUCCCAGUGGACGGAUGAAGAAUUAGGCAUCCUUCCUGAUGAUGAGGACUGAAAAUGUUGGCUCAACUUUUUACAGGAGCCAGGUGAGGAUGUCAAGAAGUCACAGACGUCACAUUGUAUAUUAAAGCUGUAAAUUAAAGUGUUUUGGUCAAGAAUGA